AGUUCAAAAGACACAGAGUAAGGACACUUACCAGAUUCAACUUGGAACCUUCAGUGAUGGAACCAGCAACAACCCUGUUUUAUCUGGAUUACUAUGAUGCUACGAGCCCGGAUCCUCGUAUCAUGGAGACUCCCUCCCACACUUCCUACACAUCUGUCUUCCUCCCUGUCUUUUACACAGCUGUGUUCCUGACUGGAGUGUUGGGGAAUUUCAUCCUCAUGGUCACUCUGCAUUUCAAACACCGCAACCGAAGAUUGAUCGAUAUCUUUAUCAUCAACCUGGCUGCCUCGGACUUCAUUUUCCUUGUCACACUGCCACUUUGGGUAGAUAAGGAAGCCUCUCUGGGACUGUGGAGGACUGGCUCUCUCCUGUGCAAAGGCAGCUCCUAUACGAUCUCAGUGAACAUGCACUGUAAUGUCUUCUUGCUCACGUGUAUGAGCAUGGACCGCUACCUGGCCAUCAUGCGCCCAACCUUAGCCAGGAGAUUAAGAAGGAGAAGCUGUGCAUACGCGGUGUGUGCUGUCAUCUGGAUCAUCUCAUGCCUCUUAGGAUUACCCACUCUUCUGUCCAGAGGGCUCACUCACAUUGAAGGCAAGCCGUACUGUGCAGAGAAGAAACCCACGUCAUUAAAACUGAUGUGGGGGCUGGUAGCCUUGAUUGCCACCUUUUUUGUCCCCCUCCUGAGCAUUGUGUCCAGCUACUGUUGCAUCACAAGGAGGCUGUGUGCUCAUUACCAGCAGUCGGGAAAGCAUAACAAGAAAUUGAGGAAGUCCAUAAAGAUCAUCGUUAUUGUGGUGGCGGCCUUCACCAUCUCCUGGGUGCCCUUUAACACUGUCAAGCUCCUAGCCAUUGUUUCAGGAUUGCAACCUGAAAGCCAGUUUCCCUCCGAGUCUCUUCAGCAGGCCAUGAAGGUGACUGGGUCCUUGGCAUUUGCCAACAGCUGCGUCAACCCUCUCCUUUACUAUAUCUUUGACAGCUAUAUCCGCCGGGCCAUUGUACGCAGUCUGUGCCCUUGUCUGAAGAUCCACAACAUUGGGAGUAGCACUGAGACAUUAGACAGUCACCUCACCAAGGCUCUUGCCAACUUCAUUCACUCAGAAGAUUUUGUCAAGCGGAGGAAGAGGUCUGUGUCACUCUGAAAGGAGCUGUGACAUUUCAAGUUCUGUUGGCACUCUUGGGAAGCUGGGUUUUGUCAGCAGCAGAGAAAGAGAAAAGCAUUAAAGAUAAAAUUCAUAUUGAUUCAUAAAUCCAAGCAAGUGUCGGCUUUUUUUUAAAGCCUCCCUGAAGAGCUCCUGUACUGUGGAUGUAAUUAGGACAUAUGCAGUAUUUUCAAACCUUGGAGGUCUU